UCGACUGCGGUGUAUCGGCAUGUGGUGUAUCGACUCAGCUUUCCCAUUAACCUCAAAGGAAAAUCAAAGAAUUCUGAGGAAAUUCUAGUGCAAAAUCCACGGACUUACAGGGAAACCAGAGCCCAGCGACUUCGGUCGAAUUUUUGAGGGGACGGGCGGCGCGAAUGGAACGCCAUGCCAGCAAAGCGGAUGACGGUCACCACAGCAGCAGCUUCGUCCAUCAGUGGAGCCAGUGGGUCCACCACGAAUAAUGGUCAGUCUGGGGGCGGCGCACGCCCACUGGAGACACUAAACGGAAUGACCAGGCUGACCCCCGCCCGCGACUUGACCCUUGGUGGGCGCGGCGCUGGGACAGCCAGCAAAAAGGUCUUUGCUCCCAAUUUGAAUGCUGUGCGCAAUAAGAAUGCCAAUGUCAAGACAUCCAAGGACACCACGCAGCCAAGGAGCGGCCGCAGGGGUGGACGUGGCAACGGCACUGGAACAACACGUGGUCGAGGUGGAAAUUCCGCUGGCGGGGGCAACUCCACGCUCAUCCAAACCCAGGGACUCUUCUCCGAAGGAGCAGGCGAUGUUCAUAUUCGAAGGUCGACAGGAAAUGGAACGGCAUAUGCACGGGGCGGUGAGGAGGUGGCCGUGACCAGGAAACGGGUGGAUCGCAAGGACGACAAGAGCCAGGCCGAGCGAAUCAAGGAGCUCUUGGGCGAGUCGGAGGCCAGUGGCGGUGAGCUCAGCGAAGAGGAGGCUAACAAGACUGAGAUGGCACUCAGGCCGAUCCUGCUAAAGGAGGGACUCUGGGUCACCCAGAAGACACCGAUUGCGAAGAAAGAAGACCCAAGUUCAACCUCAAAACUAAAAGACACUUUGGCAGUGGCCCAGCAUUUGCAGCAGAUGCAUUUGGCUGCCCAGACAGCCAGUUUAGAGGAACCUCCACUGCAGUACGGUCGCUACCCACGCACCAUUGGUAACUUUCUGGACUCCAGCGAAGCGCAGAUCUUUCUCAUGCAACUGCCAGAUGUGUUGCCAUGUGUGGGCGACGAUUCCGAAGAUCCGGAACCCUCUAAGGGAGAUCAUCAUCAGGCCACCAGUGAAUCGGAACCCGCCAGUCCUGCAGACAAAUGCUCCAACGGACCCAAGGGUAGUGUACUACGGCAGCUGGAAGAAGGACAGAUCGGCAAGAUUCUGAGGUACAAAUCCGGUCGCGUCAAGCUCCAACUGGGGGACACGCGCUUUGACUUGGACAUGGGUCUCGAUCCGGGUUUUCUGCAGGAACUCAUGUCUGUAACCGCCAAUCGCGAGCAACGCAGUGGAAACAUGAUAAACUUGGGACCCAUUCAAGCCAAACUGAAGGCCACUCCGGAUUGGGUGCACCUUUUCCAGCAGCAGGAUGCGGCAUCCAAGCGAACGAAUCCAGUAACGGGCACGUAGCAUCCACUACCCCAUGGUAGAUAGUAAUAUAGUAAAUAGGCUGCGCCUAAGCUUAAGUUAUUCCUAUUGUAAAUGCCGUAUAUAAAAGUUAAAUAUAGAAAUUUUUGUAAUACGUA